GGUGGAGGCUCUCGUCGAGGAUCGGCCAGGACGUCGCGCCGCCAUACCCGUGCCAGAGUUGCUGUUGAAGACAUUGACGAGAACUUGGAAGGAAGCCCAGCCGUUUCCCACGCACCUAGUGAAGUCGGUAUGGAUGUGUCACUGGCAGAAAGUUCAGACCCUCUCACAGUGCUUCAAUGGCCUGAACCACCUCUGGCCGGCCUACUGAUCUAUAUCAUACAUAUCAAAGAUGAUAUGAAUGAUGGCCCACCUCCUCAGGAGCGGAUCCUGCAAGAGCUCACGGCCCAGGGACAAGCUGCCGGGCUAGGAUGCGAGUUUCGAGUUCCCACACGUGGCGAGAGCGUCUUGAUCUGAUGUCGGUUACCGCAAUUUCAUCAUGGGUCGUCUGCCUUGCACCGAACAUGUUCGGCGCUCCUUGCUUCUUGUGACACCAAACCAUGCAGUAUCAACGAGCUAUAUCUAUACAAUACUGUGGGCCAUGUGUUGUGAAUCCAUUUCUCGUCUGGGUGAGGGGGGCUUGUCUGCAUUUUAUAGUACCUCUUGCCCUUGUUUUUCAUUUUUAUAUGUGCUACCUUCUUUGGUUCUAUCUUUGGCGCGGCUUUCGUGAAGCAAAUUUAUCCAUCGUUACCCUUUUGCUAUUGCAUCAUGUGAUUUAGCAGAUACCACCGGCGUAAUCGAAC